UUGAGGUCACAAUAGCGUCGCGGCAGCACGCAGCUUCGCCAUUUUCGCAGCUCUUUGUGCGCCACUGUCCUCUCGGACUCAGAGUCUCUUCCAUCGAGCGACUCGUCGACUCGGCCUUUUAAUAAAAAAAAAAAAAAAAAAAAAAAAGAUGCAAGGAAACCGAGCCGCCCAGCAGAACCACGGCCCGAACCGUGGAGAGCAGAAGAAGGGAGGGACGAACACCAAUGGGCAGCAGCCCGAGCCCGGCGAGCAGACCAACCCCAAUGAGGCCUUAACCCUGGACCUGCAGAGCUUCAGGAAGCCCGGGGAGAAAACCUUCACCCAGCGCAGCAGGCUGUUUGUGGGGAACCUCCCGACCGGAGUGACCGAGGAGGACCUCGAGAAGCUGUUCGCCAAGUACGGCAAGGCCAAUGAGAUCUUCAUCAACAAGGAGAGGGGCUUCGGCUUCAUCCGGCUGGAGACCCGGAUCAUAGCAGAGAUCGCCCGAGCCGAGCUGGAUGAUACUCCCUUCAGAGGCAGGCCCAUACGGGUGAGGUUUGCGACUCACGGCGCCGCUUUGACUGUGAAAAACCUGCCAGACUUUGUGUCCAACGAGCUCCUGGAGGAGGCCUUCGCCGUGUUCGGGCAGAUUGAAAGAGCUGUGGUCAUAGUGGAUGACCGAGGGAGGCCCACGGGGAAGGGGAUAGUGGAGUACACCUCAAAGCCGGCUGCGAGGAAGGCUUUGGAUAAGUGUGGUGACGGCGCCUAUCUUCUCACAGCCUUCCCUCGACCCAUCACUGUGGAGCCCAUGGAACAGUAUGACGAAGAGGAGGGACUGUCGGAGAAGCUCAUCAACAAAAACCAGCAGUAUCACAAAGAGCGUGAGCAGCCGCCGCGGUUCGCUCAGCCGGGCUCCUUCGAGUACGAGUACGCCAUGCGCUGGAAGGCCCUGAUGGAGAUGGAGAAGCAGCAGUACGAGAUGGUGGACCGCAACAUGAAGGAGGCCCAGGAGAAGCUGGAGGCCGAGAUGGAGGCGGCCAGGCACGAGCACCAGGUGAUGCUGAUGAGGCAGGACCUGCUGAGGCGGCAGGAGGAGCUGCGGAGGAUGGAGGAGCUCCACAGUCAGGAGGUGCAGAAGAGGAAACAGGCCGAGAUCCGGCAGGAGGAGAUGAGGCUCCGCAACGAGGAGAUGUUGAAGCGGCAGCAGGAGGGCUUCAGGGGCAACUUCCCUGAAAACAGGGAGCAAGACAUGAGGAUGCACAUGGGCAACCACGGGAUGCCCAUGAACAGGAACUCGCUGGGCGGCAGUUCUGGUGCUGCCGGUACUCCCGGUAUGGCUGCCGAGAACGCUCCGAUGAUGCCGGGGCCAGGGAACAACAAUAUGCCCGGAGGAGGCCAGGGUGGCUUCCCCAGGGGCCUCCCAGGGCCCGGAGACUAUGGACCUAACAAGCAACGCAGAUUUUGAAUCACACGUCUUUUUUUUUUUUUUUCUCUCUCUCUCUCCCUCCUCUUUUUUUCAUACUCACUGUGUUUUAAAGUUCAGGUAGUGAACUUUAAAAAACUGUUGCAUGUUUUUUUUUUUUUACUUUUGAGUUAUAUUUUUUUAGUACUAAAAUGUCAUAACUCUUCAAAUGAGCCAUGUGUUUUACUUUAUUUUUCAACUUUAAUGUAUUUUUCAUAGGGAUAGAAGAUGUUUUUGUCCUGGGUAUGUUGACUUUUCUGGAAUAAAUUCAUGAUUCCCUAAAGAA